AUGGAAGCAAUUUUCAUAUCUUUCAUAUCGCUCGUUAUAAUUAAUACAUGCUUGGCAAGAUAUUCAAGCUAUAGUAGCAGCUCUGAUAUUUCAUUAUCAACCGGUGCGAUUAUAGGUAUUGCAGUGGGUGGUGGUGUUUUCCUUAUUAUUAUUAUUGCAGUACCAAUAAUAAUAGUCUGUUGUUUAAUAAAACAAGCGAACAAACGAAAAAUGGGUAUAGCCCCCUUCGCAGGGAACACAGCCUGGGCUCAACAACAAAAUCAAUAUCAACCACCAGGUUUUAAUCAAGCAUCAUAUUCUGGAUUUAAUACUAAAGCAUAA